AAUGCGGACACAGUACAGGAGAUGACUAGAGACUGCGGACAUAGUACAGGAGAUAACCAGAGACUGCUGACAUAGUACAGGAGAUGACCAGAGACUGCGGACACAGUACAGGAGAUGACCAGAGACUGUGGACACAGUACAGGAGAUGACUAGAGACUGCGGACACAGUACAGGAGAUGACCAGAGACUGCGGACACAGUACAGGAGAUGACCAGAGACUGCGGACAAUGUAUAGAGAGAGAGAGAGGGGGGGGGGAGAGGAGAGAUAAGGAGGGGGGGGAGAGAGAAAGAGUGAGAGAGAGAAGGAGGGAGAGAGAGAGAGAGAGGAGGGGGAUAGAGAGAGAG